UCAUGACCUGAGCUGAAGUCAGACACUUAACUGACUGAGCCACCCAUGCGUCCCCAAAGCAUAUUUUAAAUGAAUAAGUACAUGGUUUUAAGAACCACAGAGGACGACAGGGCACACAGGAAAUGUGCCCUCGUGCCUGCGGCUGGCAGUCGGAGGGGGAGCCCUGCCUUCCCUGUUUGCAGGGGUGCGCACUGGCCGCGGGCCCGGCUGGAGCACUGCGCGGGUGGCCUGCCGGAGAUUAGGGGCCACAAGGCCCGGACGGACGAGGUGGGGUCCGACGUCACCAAGGCCCGGCAGAAGACCAAGGUGGGCUCCUUCCGAACAAAUCCUGACGGACGCAGGAGAGGAGAAAGGUACCCCGGAGCCCGCUCGGAGGCUUUCCUAACCGACCUGUUGGACCCAGUGUGAGCAGAUGAACCGAACAAGCUCCAAGAUCCCGCAACUAAAGAGAAGAAGUUGAAGAGAUUUGCUCCGAGGAAAGGAGACAGAAUAUACAAAGAAUUUAAAAAAUUCUUUUUUUAUUCUGAUGCUUACAGACCUUUGAACCUCGCGGUCUCUGUGAAACCUCGGCUGACGUCACUGAGCUCUGGGCUGGUGCCUCUCCGGCUCCUGAGGGGGAAAGCUCGCGCCCGCAGGUCACCGUCCGGGUUCCUGUCUUCACGUUUCUUCACGAAAACAAAGUUUAUGUCUCUUUGCACUGUGUUGUCGCGCACAUGCAUUGUAUCGGAAAUCGGUGGUUUGGCAUCCUGGCAGAUGGGUUCUUUUGGUGGGGGAAACUGAGGCGUGCGUAAAACAAGUCACCUCUGUGGAUUCGGGCACAGAAAGGUCAGGACUGAAGCGUUUAAGUGACCAGUCAGGAAAAACUGAAACCACUUCGUGGGUGAGGAUUUGAUAAUGUACACGGUGUAUCUUAUGCACAUCUGCAAGUAUAAUGUUCUGCUUGGUAAGAAAGAGCCUGCUUUGAUCGCUUCAAUGCUUGUUUGGUCAUGAAAUUAAGAAAAUAUAUUGCCACAAAU